GAGAGAGGCGAUACGAGGUCAGUAAUAGCUGACUGCUACAGCUGUGUGGAUGUUGGCUGUAUAAACAAAUUAAAAAAAAAACUACUCUCAUUUUUAAUCUGUGAUCAUCGGACUCAUUACAAUGAAGAUAAAAUCGGAGCUACUGACGCAACCGACGGAAGAGUUAUCUAAGGAGAUAAGGAUCGAAUUGAAUGAAAACAUCAAUACAAGGGACCGAGAUCUAGCCGCGAUCAAGGAAUGGCUCAGGAAAGAACCACAUCUGCCUAACGAAUGGGAGGACAAUCCUCUGAUGACGUUUCUCCGUGGGAGCAGUUUCUCCUUGGAGAAGUGCAAACGUAAGCUGGACAUGUACUUCACAAUGCGUGCCGCUUGCCCGGAAUUUUUCACGAACAGAGAUGCUUCAAGCCCUGCGUUAAGAGAAAUCCUUAAAAGUAAACUCCAAGGACCCGCGUUACCAGGUGUCACGCCAAAUGGCAGACGAGUCACAAUAUGUCGUGGUCUUUAUCCAAGUCUCGAUUCCCAACAAAUCACCGACACCUUGAAGCUGGCACUAAUGAUUGGUGACGUCAGACUCGUGGAGGAAGUCGUGGGUGUUGCUGGUGACAUCUAUGUGCUGGAUGGUGCCGUGCUGGGACCGAGCCUGCUGGCCAGGCUGUCACCGUCCAUUAUCAAGAAAUUCAUGAUUUGUGUUCAGGAAGCAUACCCAGUAAAGCUCAAGGAAGUCCACAUUAUAAAUACAUCACCGACCGUGGAGAGAUUUGUCAAUUUAGUGAAACCAUUCCUGAAAGAGAAGAUCAGGAAACGAAUUUUCAUUCACAAAGAAGUAAAAGAUCUGUACAAGUACGUUCCUCAAGAGAUGCUGCCGAAGGAGUACGGCGGCCAAUGUGGCACUAUGGAUGAGCUUCAAGAGAGAUGGACCGAGAAACUAAUCGAAUACAGGGAUUGGUUUAAGUUGCAAGAUGCUCUAAUCGCAAACGAAAGCCUCCGACCCGGGAAGCCGACCAACUACGAUGAACUCUUCGGCAUCGAUGGCUCCUUUAGGCAGCUUGCUAUCGACUGAUUCUCAAAAUUUUUGACCGACAUUUAAAUAAGUAUCAAUUAAAAUUAUAGUACAUCUCGCUCUUUCUUAUAUGUAAAGCCGUUUAAUUCAAACAGUUGUCCUGCUCUAUUUACUAAAUUACAUUGAUUAGUUAUCAUAAGUACCAUGUGACUUUUCAAUUAAAUAAUAAUAUGAUAUUUACAUUUUUGACCGUCAACUAUUAGGAUAGCAUUUUAAAUAUGUGAUUUUCUUAAUAAAUUAGUGUUAAGCAAGUUUGAAAUAUUUGGUAGUGAUUGCUACGUGUGGCUUCCGAUACGAUAAAUAUUAUCAACUUCAAACCGAAUAAUAUCUUUAAGCUUAUUAGUAAAAAUAAUUAUACAUAAUGGUACAAACAUACAAAAAUGUUAAGAACAUCAUACAUACAACUUUAUAACUUUAAUUGUUUAGAAAUAUCUAGAAAAUAUUUAAUGUAAAAUAUACAUUUCAAAUAUAAAUAUAACGAAUUACUAUUCACCAUUUCGGGUUUGGAUACUAUUCGCGUUAAUUUAAUAAGUAAUAAUAUAUUUCCUUCGUAAUAACAUUUUGGGAAAUGUCAAUGGAAAAUCUUGUGCCAUUUAGGCAAAAACUAACUAAGAAAAAAGUUCUGCAUUAAUGUCAUUCAUUGCUCCCGAUUGUCCUAAGAAUUUUGCUAAAUUAAAUCGACAUCACCUUAGAAUGGCCUAGUACUAAAAAUCGAUACAGAAAACAUUCAUACGAUACGUUAUCUAUCAUAUGAUACGAUCGCUGUUCGCUCAAUACAUUUAAAGAGAAAAUUAGUAUGCAUUUGUCAAUUUAGUCAUUGUUUUAUGGUAUUUUUUAUAUUUGCUAUGGUUUUUUGUUUUGUUUUGGUGUUUCAUAUCUUUGAAUUUAGAUAAUUAAUAUUUAUAACUCACUGAAUUGCUUGUUUACUGCAUACAUUAAUUAGUUUUUAGUAGAAACUUGAUUGGUAUGUGCACGGGUUAAUUGUUAUAUAGUGUAUGUGUUGUUUACUGUAUGUUUCCCAAAUAAAAUAAAAAUAAAAGAUUUAUCGUAUCGGACAGCAAAUGCAAAAAUGUAUCGUUACUUUGUCACAUCGACUUUACGAUAGUUAUUACAUGAGAACUAUUAUGUAGGAUCAAACUUGAAACUCGAUUGUUAAAUGUCAAAAAUGAUACACUAUCGUGACGUCAAUGAGACAUUUUAACGGGGUCUAGUAAUAUACCUCAAAUUAUCUUUAAUUGCGUAGGAUUAUAUCGAAAUGUUUAAAUGUAAUUGUUAGGUUAGAUUAAAUUUUAUUUCGAAUUAAAAUGGUGUAAUGUUUAUAAGCUAAGCGGACUUUAACUGUCUAAUACAAAUACCUUUGAAAUAUUAAAAUUUAUGUAUAAAAAUGUGAUUGUUUUAAAUGUUAUAAUUCCAA